AUGGAUUUCCGAUCGCUUAUAGCUUCAUCUGUGGCUCAAGACAAAGAUAGGGAAUUCGAAGUUCGUCCAUCUUCAAGGGGGAGUUGGUCCUGUAAGGAGGUGGAUGAGUUUGAUGCUUUGUCAAUAGAAUAUGAGCCCAAGCCAAUUGAGAAAUAUCCAGCAAAGCUUCAUGCGCGACAAGUCAAAAAGUAUCUAGGGCUCCAGGAGGGUCUCAUAUAUCUUCCUGGUUUACCAAGCUUCAAUUAUGAAGAUUCUGAUAUGCAGCCUGCUUUCCGACAACGUCGCUACUUCUACUAUCUCACUGGAGUCAAUUUUCCUGACUGCAUCGUUACCUACAGCAUCCAUCGUGAUCAGUUAUGGCUUUGGAUCCCACCACCAAAUUCCGGCAGGUCCGUCAUCUAUAACGGAUCUCGUCCCACAGCUAAAGAGAUAAUGGCCAAAUACGAUCUUGACCAUGUAGAAACAUUACCUCAUCUUGAUUCAUAUCUCACUUGGUAUGCCCAUACCGAGCCGGGGAAAAUUCAUGUACUACACGAUUAUCAAACGCCAAAUAAUGUUGAACUUCAGAUUACUCGCAAAAAUGGAAGCCAAUCUAUUAUGAGCGAGUCUCCAUUUGAUAGCACGAAGUUAGAGGAAGCUAUGAAUACAGCAAGAGCUAUCAAAAGUCCCUACGAGCUUAAAAUGAUCCGGAAGGCCAGUGCCAUCACAGCACAAGGACAUAUUAAUGUUCUCCGUGGGCUCCGCUAUCUUUCCAACGAGGCAGAAAUCGAAGCCAUUUUCACAGCGACGUGUAUUGCUAGACAAGCAAAAACUCAAGCAUAUGGCGUAAUCGCUGGUUCCGGCGAAAAUGCCAGCACUCUUCACUACAUGGCCAACAAUGAGCCUCUGAAAGGAAGACAGCUACUGUGUCUUGACGCGGGUUGUGAGUGGGAUUGUUAUGCCUCUGAUGUUACCCGAACGGUUCCAAUCUCCGGUGAAUAUACCGAAGAAGCUCAAGCCAUUUACGAUCUCGUGGCUAAGAUGCAAGAUGAGUGUAUUGAAAUGCUGAAGCCAGGUGCAAAUUAUCGUGACGUCCAUAUGCAUGCUCACAAAGUUGCCCUGAGAGGUCUCAUGGAGUUGGGGCUUGUGGAAGGGGGAACAUUUAAUGAACUCUACAUGGCGGGUGUUUCCGUAGCGUUCUUUCCUCAUGGUUUGGGACAUUACGUAGGUCUAGAGGUUCAUGACGUCGGACCCGGUGGUAUGAUCAUUACGAAUCGUCUGUUUGACUUCAACAGAAAGCCUGCCGAUUGGACUGAUGCCUAUUUCCAAAUUCUUUCGGACUCCGGUAUCAAUUCAGGUGGUGGAGCUAUCCUCUCAAAGGAUAUGGUUGUUACGGUCGAGCCUGGGAUCUAUUUCUCCCGUUACGCCCUGGAAGAGGUUUAUCUCAAAUCGCCCAAAUACGCAAAAUAUAUCAACAAGGAACUCCUACAAAAAUACUACCCGGUAGGGGGUGUACGUAUCGAAGAUGAUCUUCUAAUCACCGAAGAUGGAUAUGAGAACUUGACUACAGCUCCAAAAGGUGAAGCAGCACUAAAAAUCAUAAAUGAAGGAAGAGAACAAGAAGAAAAGAGAGUGGUGUGCGAAAAAGCUGCGGAAUCUAAAAGGAAGCAAAAGAAAACUUGGUUCUGGUAA